AUGAUCAACCAGUACAGUAUUCUCUUCAAAUAAGAACAAGCCCGUGAUGAUGCCAUUUGGUCAGUUGCCUGGGGGACAAACAAGAAAGAAAACUCUGAGACGGUGGUUAUGGGGUCCCUGGAUGACCUGGUGAAGGUCUGGAAGUGGUGUGAUGAGAGGCUGAACCUACAGUGGAGUCUAGAGGGACAUCAACUGGGCAGGGUGUCUGUGGACAUCAGCCACACGCUGCCCAUCGCUGUGUCCAGUUCUCUUGACGCUCAUAUUCCCCUGGACUUGGAUAACGGCAAACAGAUAAAAUCUAAAGAUGCAGUGGAUGCCUGGACUUUGGCCUUUUCUCCUGAUUCCCAGUAUCUAGCCACAGGAACUCAUGUGGGUAAAGUGAACAUUUUUGGUGUGGAAAGUGGGAAAAAGGAAUAUUCUCUGGACACGAGAGGAAAAUUCAUUGUUAGUAUUGCAUAUAGCCGUGAUGGGAAGUAUCUGGCCAGUGGAGCCAUAGAUGGGAUCAUCAAUAUUUUUGAUAUUGCAACUGGAAGACUUCUGCACACCCUGGAAGGCCGUGCUAUGCCUAUCUGUUCCCUGACAUUCUCCCCAGGUUCUCAGCUCCUGGUCCCUGCAUCAGAUGAUGGCUACAUCAAGGUCUUUGAUGUACAACAUGCCAAUUUGGCUGGCACACUGAGUGGCCAUGCAUCAUGGGUGUUGAAUGUUGUGUUUUGUCCUGACGACACUCACAUUGUGUCCAGUUCAUCUGAUAAAAGUGUGAAAGUUUGGGAUGUUGGAACAAGAACCUGUGUUCACACCUUCUUCGAUCACCAGGAUCAGGUGUGGGGAGUAAAAUACAAUGGAAAUCGCUCAAAGAUUAUGUCCAUGGGUGAUGACCAGGAAAUCCAUGUCUAUGAUUGCCCCGUAUAA